AUGUUUGGAUUUGGGUCUUCAAAGAACGAUUUCGUCGUUGAAGGCAAGACUGUUGUUAUCACUGGUGGCUCCGAUGGCAUGGGCAGAGCUGUCGCACUUGAGCUGGCCGAGAAAGGCGCCAACGUUAUCGUGGUUGCUCGCACAAUCUCCAAGCUUUUGACUGCCGUCGACGAGAUGAAGGCUGCUGCCGGCAACAAGUUCACGCAGAAAUUCCACCAUAUCAGUGCUGAUCUCACUGAUCCCGCCGAGUGCGAGCGAGUCAUCGCAGAGGCAACAGCAUGGAAUUCUGGUGCUGCUCCAGACGUUGUUUGGUGCUGUGCAGGCUUCUCCCGCCCCGGAUUCUUCGUGGAUGUGCCCAUUGAAGAUCACCGCAAACAAAUGGACACGAUCUAUUGGACGGCCGCCAACACAGCUCAUGCCACGCUUCGCAAUUGGCUGGCCCCCGUUCCUCCCAGCGGGCAAAUGAAGACCCCCAGGAGACACCUUAUCUUUACUUGCUCUACUCUGGCAUUCGUGCCCAUUGCUGGCUAUUCGCCAUACUCGCCUGCCAAGGCAGCCAUUCGUUCACUAUCUGAUACUCUGAGUCAAGAAAUUGAAAUGUAUAACGGCGCCUUUACUCAGCGACACCGCACCGAUGCCCCCGCUGCGGAUGUCAAAAUCCACACCAUCUUCCCCAUGGGUAUUCUCAGCCCAGGAUUCGACAACGAACAAAAGACUAAGCCGGAGUUGACGAAGCAACUCGAAGAAGCCGACAAGCCCCAAACACCAAAAGAUGUUGCGCGCAUCUCAAUCAGUGCUCUGGAGCGCGGCGAAUACCUCAUCACCACCAUGUUCGUUGGAGCUAUCAUGAAGGGUACUGCUCUCGGACCCAGUCCACGAAACAGCAUCCUAGGAGACACCCUUCUGGGCUGGCUCAGCAAUGUGGUAUUUCUGCAAGUCAUUCCAGACCUUCGCAACAAGGCUUUCAAUUGGGGAAAGAAGAAUGGACUUCCCAAAAGCGCGCCGGCGUCAUAA